AAACGAAACAGGUUGCUAUAUUAAGAUAUAUCGUCUUAUGAAACAAUAUUUGGAAAAAAAGAACUCAAGAAUCUAUAUAAAAUUACUUUCUGAAAAAUAUCUUAAUGAAAUGAUUGCUAUGAUUAUAGCACAAUGGAUUAAACCCGAAGAGGACAUCUCUUGCUCGAAAGUACAAGCGUCAUUAGAUAAUAUCGCAAAAGAUGUAAUGGGUUAUCUAAAAAAAGAAUAUCCCAAUCAUUCCAUAUUCUUGACGUCUACUGAAACUUUUAUCUAUUGGCAAGACAACAAAAUCGAUGAUAAUUGUUGGACCGAAGCAGAAGGAAUCCAAAUUAUGGAUACACUUCAGAAAUAUAUGCUUGACAAAUUUCAACCGUGCGAAUAUAAAGAUAGAAAUUUGAAAUACUUGUGUCUAGAUAAUGUCUUAACAGAUAAAUGUGGCUACCAAUUAAUUUUAUUAAUAAUAUGUGAGAGCGUGGCCAGAAGACUUGGCCUAUAUUGCGAAAUAAUGAAACCAUCAAUUUACCAGCAGGACAUAUGCUAUAUAUAUUGGAGGCCACAAUAUAAAGGUAUAAAUUUCAAAAAUGUGAGACGCUUUGUAAUUUCGAAGAAAUUCUCAUUGUCUUCCUAUCUUCGAGAGAUGAAGAGCGAUUCGAAAGACAAUUAUGAAGAAAUUUUUUUAUUUGCUAAAAAGACUCUGUGGAAAUAA